AUGGCUCUCGAACUCAAGCGCCGAGGCGAUUUCCGCGACGUCGACGACCUCUCUGACUUUGAAUUCAACGAUUUAAACCUCGGCGCCAUGUCAGGGUCCCUCGAGUUGUACGGUACAGCUCCUAGGACGUCUACACCACAGUCUCUCGUCGGCCAACAGACUGGCCCCAACUUCCUCCAGCCACACAUAUAUGACCCCCAAUCUUCAUCCUGGGCAUCCUUUAGCAAUGAAUACAGAACACUUAAGCGGGGAGAUAUCCUUAAAAUUGCAUCCUGGAACCUAUUUUUCUCUGUUCCCGCCGCCGCCGCUCGUGCCUCCGCCGCCAUCGCCUAUAUGCGGACCAUGUUUGGCCAAGAACCUCGCAACCUCGUGGUAAUGCUCCAAGAACUCCGCCAAGAAUCACUAAAAGUUGUCCUGGAGGACAAGUGGGCUCAACAAAACUUCUCCCUCUCCGAUACUGAGCCGCCAUACUUCCAUUAUGCAGGCAACGAAUCCUUCGGCGAGGAACCCGACUGCAUACCCAGUGAAUAUUUCACUCUCAUGAUGAUUUCGCGGAAUAUGCCAAUAUCGAGCUGCUGCCGUGUCCCCUUCGUCUCCGAAAUGGGGAGAGAUGCGCUUGUGGUUGACAUUCCCGUAUCCGAGGACCAUGACCCCGAAACAUCGGAACGGCCACUUCGCCUGUGCACAACGCACCUUGAAUCACUCUACACGGGAGAAGAGCUCCGUUUUCGCCAACUCGUCCAAGUAUCAGCGCUACUGAAAGGCACCUCGUCUCAGGGGCAGAGAAUCUAUGGCGGGCUGGUUGGUGGCGACAUGAAUUCGGUCGAUCCGUCCGAGCACAACACUCACCGAGCACCCGAGGUAGGCCUGAAGGACGUUUGGGAGGAUGAGCCGGCGCCGAAAACGCCUGCCUUAAAGCCCUUCCAAAAAGAUAUCACAUAUGGGUUCAUUGAGACAUUUGCGCUGAGUGAAGCUCAGGAUACCACUGGAAAGCUGGGUCGCUUUGGAAUUGGGCUGAAAACCAAAGUCGGGUCGGAUGAUGUUUGGGUCAGCGACCACUUUGGGAUCACUCCAGACUCGGGCCUCAUUUGCAGUGUGACCGAGGGUCAAGAGGCAUGGAGCGUGGAGCAGAAGAGCUUGACUGACGCCCAACGGGAAGGACUGGAUAUCAGUGCAUCAGACUGGUGUGGGGUUGCACCGUUUGAUGAUGCUGGAAGUCUACGACAGCUUAGAAACGCCGCCGCGAGAGUUCUUGGGUCGCCUGCAGGUGCUAUGCACGUGAUAAAGCAGGCGGGAAAGCGGAUUGUUGCAAAGGUCGUGGAAAACUUGGACCAGCGCAUUCACGCCGCUGUUGAGGCUCAAAUGGUGAAUGCUUUGGAUAACAGGAAUUACGAUGUCGUUGAGAAAAGAGUGCAGGAAGAGACGGAAGACGUCGAGUCGACUAUCAUACAGAAUAUCGCCGAAUGCUCCACUGGAAGCUAG